GUACUGCAACAGAUGCAAGAAGCACAGACUAGCGGUGAAGAAGCUGGACAUAUGGAGUCUACCACCCAUCUUAGUGAGUAACAGUAUUGCUGAUAAAGCACACUGUAAAUAUCUUGCAAAAAAGCAGUUAUCUUGAAAUCAAAACUGUUAUUAUGUCAGUCAUCUUACAAACGAGAACAAAGAGUUUGACCCAUUCAACCUUACCAAGUUCCGUUUGCUUACAGUACACUGAGUUUCACUUCAUAAUGGUUCAAGAAAUCUGGACUGUUGUCGUCCGUGACUGUAUUAUUUUAUAGUGUCAGUGACAAAAUUCAGUAUGUUACAUACACCAUGCCUCUUUGCACUCUGUUACUCUGUUGGCCUCCACACUUGCCUGCCUGCAGGCCUGCCAACUUAAAAAGUGUGUCUGGUUUUAGUAAUGGUAUUUAUUUACGGGGAUGGGACAUCAUUCCAUCACCAACCCCCCAAACCUGGAGAGCCAGAUGUUGCGGCAAUGGUUUAUGGUCACCUCACCACUAAAAGAUCUCGCCACCACAUAAUAACUCUGCAAUAAUCGACACUGUUUACUUACCUGGGAUUGUUGCUUCUUCCUCAAGACCAAAUAUAAUUCUAUCGAUUGUAAUUGACACCUAGCGUCAAACUUGUCAUAUUAAGUUUUAUUUUUUUGUGAAUUAUUGCGACUUUUUAAUACCUUAAUACGGCUUAUUUGCAUCGCUCGAGAGGUGCGAUUUGUUUAAAAUCCAACAGCCUUUCUUAUGAAAGCGGGUUAAUAUUGUCACUUGAACCUUACCUCCUUAAAUUUCAUUGCAAAUUUAAAGUGAAAGAAUUCUUUUUAGAGACUUGACCUCGUGGCGAUUACAUUGGUGGUGAGAUAGUCUGGUGGCUAGGUGACCGGAUACCGUUGCAAUAGACGAUAUUCGUAUUCCCCGACGGCCCUGGUACGAGAGACUUCACAGCAUGAUUGCGAGGCUAAAGCGGGGAACUUUUUGGCAAAAACACAAACAAACAUUGGUUAGUCGCGGCUGAAUCGCUGCAAAACGAUAGAAAUCAGCAAAAAACUGCAAGAUUUAAAAGCUGAAACCUUACAGGUAAGCUAAAGGGAUAUCUGUUUCAAAAAACAAAACUUCGGGAAGAGCUGGUCGUCCUAACAGCAAAAUUUAGAAAGCCACGAAACCAAAAGAAGAAACAAGAAGUAAUCUAGAAAAUGGUAUAUUGUGUCAAAAUAUCAAUACUCGAAUCCUUUUUAUAUAAUUUUCUUCUUAUAGAGUGUUUUCACAUGACAUCACGGCGGCCAUAUUGGUGUCCUAAAACAAUGAAACGGCGGCCAUGUUGGUGUCCCAAAGCAGUCCUCUGGGAGUUGAACUCUUUUCUUAUGCAAACGCUUUCUUUUGAUCCAAUAAAUUUGCAUAGACGUUGACCACGUGAGUGAAAACACUCUAUUAUUAUUCUUUUUCUUUUGUGUGUAUCUGUAGUGUGGAGUUUAAACUGCUCAGUAUUAUCGUCUGUACCAAACUCAUUGUUCAACUGCGUGCAGGUUUUUGUACUCUCGCACAGUUGUUAUCGAAGAUAAUGUAACUUAAAUUUAAAAAUAAACUUUACCGAGUCAUCUUUGUUCAAACCCGUUUAACUUCCUUAAAAUGCACAUGGACUGUGUGCAGAACGUUAAGCCCCGUCCUGAUAAGUAAUUAUCCACUGAAUGAGUCGUUUGGUUGACUUCAAAUACACAAGAUUUUGCAUCCGCUCUGUUAGAAAAUUUCAACUGCAACUAGGUGUGAUAACAUCACUGUUAACUUUAUCGCAAGCUUUCGAUAAUCACGUCUAUUUCAAUAAAAGGUAUUCUUCAAAAAGUUUAAAGGACACUGAAAAUUACAAUAAAAUGGCUUCGGGGAGUUUGAGAACAUCUCUGUUAAUAUUACAUGUAAAUUAUAAACUCGCUCACCAAGCACUCUUCUCAUCAAUGUAAUUAUGGUUAGGAUGGCUGUUUUUCUUAGUAAUAAUGACCAGAUAUUCCUUUUGUUGUUUGAAAUAAUGAUCUCUCAAGCAUUUAAGCCCUUAGCAACUUUACAAUGUUAAAAAUUUUCCUUAAAUUCGGCAAACUCAGCCACAGUUUUCUCAUAUUUGUUUUUCCUCUUGGCGAGAAGUUCCCCGCAUGAGCCUUGCAUUCAUGAUCAAGGCCUACUCGUCCCAGAACUGUCGGAGAAUACGAAUACUGUCUAUUCGUCUGGUCUUUCACCCAAAACCUUCCCAGCACGGUUAUAGCUACCACCCACCCGGAACCAAGGCCCCAGCUUGCAUAGCUUUCAAUUCAGGGUCAUCAAGGUACACAAACCUCCCCUCCAUGCAUGUUAAGGUGCAUCGCUUUGGGAGGAUUUUAUGCUAUGUGUAAACGGACACAACAGUGGUGGCCAACAACUCCCAGCACUGUUGGAUGUUACAUGUUGCGCCUGGUUGCACACCCUGUAGCAUGUUGUUGUGAGUUGUUGCACAAAGUUUGAAACCGGUCAAACUUUAAGCUACCGUAAAAUUCCUUAAAUAACCCCUGGGGCUUAUAUUUUUCAAAAGCCCUUUUUGAGGGGCUUAUUUUUGGAAGGGCUUAUAUUCAGAGGGGCUUAUGUACAGAGGGAAAUUUGCGUUUCAAAAUGAUUGGGCCAGCCUUAUGGUUGGAAGGAAAUUUACCAUUUUUGCUUUGUUUUACUUUGUAAAGUUAAGGGUAAUUUCUUAUAUUUGGAGAGGCGAUUUAACGGAGGGUCUUUUGCGUUAUCUGUUUAGGGGGCUUAUAUUUGGAGGGGCUCAUACGUGGGAUGGGGGGGGGGACUUAUUUUCGGAAUUGUACGGUAUGUGCAAACAGACUUAACAACUCCCAACAACGUUGGGAUUUGUCGGCCAACAAUGUUGCAUCCGUUUGCACAAGGCUUUACAUUUAACACCAUUUCUAUUCCACUGGCAGGUUAUCGACUUGAAGCGAUUUCAGUUAGUUAACAACCACUGGGUGAAGUCAAAUAAGAUUGUUCAGUUUCCCAUGGAAGGCUUUGAUCCUUCAGCUUUCCUGGCUAAGCCGUCCAGAAGUGGAACAUCAAGUGCUAUUACGUCAGAUGGCGGAGUCACCACAGUCAAUGUCAAAAGCAGUGAGGAACUGGUGAACGACGAGGAGACUGAGGAGAGGAAAGAAGCAACCACACGGCAGGGGAGUGAAGUGAGUACAGACAUCACUCUGUUUGCCUUAUGUGACAAAGUACGGUUAGGGGUAGUGUUGGGAAUCAGCUGGGAUCUUUCGUAGUCCUACAUCUGAAAUAAUCGGAUUAACCCAACCAAUUGAUCAUUGAUUAUAAUCAGAGAAAUCGCUUUGUAAGAAUUCCAUUUAUUGUUGUCCUCUCUGUCUUUCUGUGUUGGUAGAGCCUAGGGAUGUGCUAUGAAAUUUUUGACCUUCACAAAAAUGUGGUUUUUCAGUCUCCAAUCCCCUGUCUUAAUAAAGCUUGCUAAAGUAAUAGACCUUUAUUCGCUCUAUGUAUUAUGCUGAUUACUCAGUGUAGAAAAUCUUGAGAUGUUCUUCGGAGAUUUCAUUCCUUGUCUUUGUUAGCCUGUGCACCACCCCUCUCCCCUCGCCUUCCCUCAAAACAAUCAGGGAGAGAGUUCCCCUCUGAUUUUUUUUAGGGAAGGGCGUGGCUGUACAUUAUCUAUGUCUUCUUGGAAGUAAGGAGUACGUGAUGUGUCCACUACUCUGAUUCUCCAUUGGGUAUUGUCAUGUGAUCUCAAAAGGAACAGCCAAACUACAAAGUGAAUACGGUCUAUUUUGAUGGACCCCUUAAAACUGAUUCUCACACAGCUGUGGUUGUUUUAGAGUCUCACUAAUGUAAUUUAUUUUCUAUGCAGGAGUCAUCGUCCCAAAGUUCAGCUGGAGAACUAAGUUCAAGUCAAGUUGAACUCAACCAAAACAGCAAGCCUCCCUCGCGCCAUUCCUCGUGUUUAAGCCUUAACUCGGCCAAGGUUCACCCGGAAGUCUCGUCAGAGAACUCUGCACCUACCCCCGUAGAAAGACGAAGCACUUCGGACUUCAUUGUGUCAGAUUCUGCAGAAUCGCAGGGUACUCAACGUGAAAAUGUGCGUAAAGUGUUGGCGGCUUCGAGAAGUGAAGGCUCACAAAGUGAGAUACCAACGUACAGGAUAUACGCCAUGUCGGUAUGUCGAAUGAAGGUCAAGUAAACUGUUAGUGAGUCGCAUUGUUCAAAACUCUUUCAGUUUUUCUUACUUACUCUGUUGGGUUUAUUUUAGUGUCACACAGGUGUUCUGGGCGGAGGUCAUUACAUUUCAUAUGCACACAACCCAAACAGCAAAUGGUACUGUUAUAAUGACAGUAGCUGUAAGGUUAGUACUGGAUCAACAUGUUUAAGAUGGCGGUCAUACUGUUUUAAGGGUUUCUAUCAAGUGGUGAACCUUUAUUAAGUGGUCAACUGGCUAUUUCUAGGUUUAUUUUGGUUUGACUGUAAACCAUUUUCACGAUGGCCUUAUUUUACCACAACUAAAGCCUCGUGCAAACCGACGCAACAUUAUUAGCCAACAUCUCUCAACAUUGUUGGGAGUUGUUGUGUCCGGUUGCACGUAGCUAAAAGUUUGACCGGUUUCAAACUUUGCGCAAUAAUUCCCAACAACACACAAUAACAUGCAACAGGGUGUGCAAACGGACGCAACAUGUAACAUCCAUUUGCUCCGGGCUUUACAUGCUGGGAGUUGUUGCGUCCGUUUGCGCGUAGUUUAAGAAGGACGCUUUUAGGACCGCCAAUAAGUUUCCGCCUAUGUGCGUCUUAUAGAGAUUGAAAUAAAGGUAGUGAAGAAAGGCAGGGACCAACUCUAGGUGUCCGUCUUAUAGAGGUGUCCGUUAAGAAAGAAUUGACUUAAUUACGACAGUUGUCUUGUAUUAUGGAGGUAACCAGGUUGAUAAUGUUUUCGUUUGCUUCUCUUGUUUCAGGAAUGUGACAAUACAAAGCUUCAAAAGGACUCGCCCUACAUGUUAUUCUAUCAACAGGACGAUCUAGAGGAAGGAAUGUUUCUUCCCAACUUCAAUGGUCAAACGCCUGACUCAGCCAGCGAUGACGAAGAAUAUGAGAACGAAGUGCGUAGACUGUGCGUCGUUCAAUGAAGAUCCUUGGAGCCGGGGACGGGGGAAGAAUCUUAUAAUUUAUACACAUUUUUUGUAUUGAAAUCUUCAUUCAAUGAAUAGUUACGCGAGCGUAAAUUAUCAGAAAUGUUGUAAAUAUAUCGACACGGAGAAUUUUAUUUUUAAAUGCCUUUAAUGCAGAUGAUGAAAUUAUUGUAACAGUGCGUACAGGGUCGCGCUUCCUGUACAAGUAAAAUUUAGAGUUGAGAGAUGAGAGACUGGCAAACGGGACCAAAAUGCGACUGAGUAGGGAGAGGACGUGUUUGUCGCCUCAGCCUCCCCUCCCUCAUUGUCUUUAGCCCUUUACCUUGGUCUUGCAGGGGGUACCCCAUUUCGUACUCUCUCUGACAAGUAUUUGUGUUCCGUGUGCUUUUUGUCCGUCAUUUUUGUGUAAACAUUUUGUUGUUUAUUGUCUUUAUUCCUCAUACUAUAAAGAAGAUAUGGUCCCUUUAAAGUACUUUAGUAAUUUGUACUGUGAAAGAUGAGGACUUCGCAUGCGAAGUUGCUGUACUUAAAAAUAUGCGAAUCAGAAUGGUGUCACGGUAUUCUGUGCGAUCCAGGUACUUCUAUUCUUGUUAUUGUUGCUUCUUUUGAUGUUUUUUCUUUUUGCGCAACAAAACGUUCUCCUAUGAGCUGUCGUUUAAGAAGGUGCCUUUUUUUUUUUGUCUCGGCAGCUCAUUUGGGGAAAGUUUGCUGCGGGUCCCUCUCCUAACAUUCGUAUUUAAUUAUUCCAUGUUUUUUCCGGCGUGAUAAGCGAUGACAAUCUAUUUCAAUUGAUAAUAAUCGAUAGUAAAGUUUGUAUUGAACUAGGGGCUCUGAAUUAAUUGUUGUCAAUGUUGUUAAAAACAAACAUUGUAAAUUGAGCGCCCUUUAUUCAACAUAAAAAAACUGACAACAAUAUACAAUAUUCCUAAUUCAGCACGAAAGAGUUGGAAAAAUAAUGCGAAAAAUCCAAGUCGUGGAUCGAAAACAGAUUGAAAGAGAGUGUAAAUUUAUGUGGCCCGUGCUAGCCGGGCCGGUAGGAACGCCUGAAGUACUGUCAAGUGUACGCCACGCGCAAAUUCUGCAGUUAUUUCAGGCUGAGAUUGUUAAGAUUAUCGAAGUAGUAACCAACGACGUUAUAGUGGAAUUAUUCCCUUCUCUUGUUUCACCACCGUGACUUCAAGUGUCUAACUGCCUUGCAGAAAAAAAAAAUUACAUCUAGUGAAGCCAAUUCUUGAUAACACAUCCAGUCCAUACUUAAAAUGGUCUCCUCUUUUG